AUGCCUGCGGCAAUCAAAGCCGCUCCAGAUGACAGAGGAAUGGAUCAUGCAAACCAGGAAAGGAUAUUACCAGAGUGGGGGACAAACCAUAGGGAUAUACCUGUUUGUUUCAGCAAGAUGUCCCAAGAGUCUAGGAAGAAUUUCCCCCAUACCAAGCAAGUUGGGAAUUACCUAGUGGGCAAAAUGAUCAACAAGGGCUCCUUUGCCAAAGUGAUGGAGGGCUUUCACAUCCCCACUGGGGAGAAGGUAAAUGGAGAGUGGCUAGAAGAGAGUGAGGAAUGUUUGCCACUAAUUUCAUGGUGAUGUAUGCUGAAGAAGUUUAGGGCUUUGUUUCUUCAUCUGCAAGUGCAACCUGGUGCUUUAUUUAGCUGAAGCAGCAAUGCCCAUAAUAGUAAUAUAUUUACCUGCUAUCAUGCUCUGGAAUAUUGCACCAGAUCUAAUAUGUUAAUAUUACUGUGUUAGGUAUGUUGUGUGUAUAAUUAGAUGUUUUCGCUAACUUUUAUGAAUCACUGUUUUCCUAUUUGUGAUACCAAUGAAACUUGUUUGAUUCUUAUUUGAUUCUGAGUAUCUGAAGUAGCUGUGCACCUACAUUUUUGUAAAUGUGUUGAUGGAUACACUGCUUAUCUUCCUUGAGAAAUUCAACAUUCACGUUAUCUAACAGAAGUGUAGAAUUUGGGAGGCGGCAUAUGUCUGUACGUGCAGACAUUCCACUGUGUGUUGCACAAGGAACACUUUUGCUGGAACAAAUUAUUAGAUCAUCAUUAUAUCAUGAUCUAAUUUUAGCAGAUAUUAACUGCAAUCAAAAACUUACAAAGCUAUCGACAUUGAAUAUUAUGACUUAUUGCAUGCAAACCACUAGCAGAAAAACUGCAUCUUGAUCCCAUCAAUGCUAAAUAAUAUAUAUAAAAAAUACAUUUUUGUCUUUGACACUGUGCUGCUAAAGAAAAGUGGGUUGUCUGUAUUGUUUAAAAAAAUUGACAGCGUUUUUGUUAUUUAGGUAGCCAUAAAAGUCAUAGACAAGAAAAAAGCCAAGCAAGACUCCUAUGUUUUAAAAAAUAUGAAACGGGAACCUAGGAUACAUCAGAUGAUUAAACAUCCCAAUAUUGUUCAGCUCUAUGAAACGUUGGAGACAGAAAACUCCUAUUACAUGGUGAUGGAACUGUGCCUAGGGGGAGAUCUCAUGGACAGAAUUUGCGAGAAAAAGAAACUGGAAGAAAGGGAAGUCAAGAAAUAUACCAGGCAGAUAAUGUCUGCAGUAGAACACUUGCAUCAUCAUGGGAUUGUCCACAGGUACAGCAGAUUUCCUUCCCUCAGUUUUAUAUUUCAGGGGGCAUGAUAAAACUUGUUUCAUGAAAGUAUCUGCUGAAGUCUUCCAUUCAAAUUAGUGAGAUUAUUAAGUGCUUAACUUUGAUCAAUUAUGCCAUAUGUAUAUACCAGGCAUGUCCAAAGUCUGUUUUGGGGUAAAAUCCUAAAAAAACCCUCAGCAACUUCAGUCCUAAAAAAAAGCCCAACAACUCACACAUGUUCACUUCAUCAAAUCUGGCCCUCUUUGAAAAAGGUUUGGGCACCCCGGUAUAUACAGCGGUACCUCGGUUUAUGAACUUAAUCCGUUCCAGAAGUCCAUUCUUAAACUGAAACCGUUCUUAAACUUAGGUGCGCUUUCCCUAAUGAGGCUUCCUGCCGCCGGUGCCCUUCCACUGUUUGGCUUCCAUUCGUAGACCGAGGUAAAGUUCGCUAACCAGAGCACAACUUCCAGUUUUGCAGAGUUCGUAUACCAAAUAGUUCGUAAACAGGGCUGUUCUUAAACCGAGGUACCACUGUAUUUCAGAAAUAUCAAAUUAUUUACUCACAUAGAGCAUCCAUGCAGCCUUAAGGCAGUGAAACCACUAGGGUGAAGUGAAUGUCUCAUGGGACAGAUGAAAGCAUGGCACCUUGUCAUUUAAUUUGUUAUUACAUCCUUACUGCUGGAAAGAGAGAGAGAGGAAAAAAACCCCCACAACAUUUGGAUUUCCUGCUUCAGGUAAUGAAAUGUCUCAGGCUAGCUCAGUGUACACACACAGUGUUAAAGUAAACAAGUAUGGUUUUGAGUGCAAACUGGGAUUUAUUAGGAGAAUGAGCAAAAAUGUCCAUCAUUUUGACAAGUGGGUCAUUAUAUGUGGAGCACAGGGUCAGUGCCUCUGUUAGGCAGUGUGAGGUAGUUACCUCAGACAACCGAUUUUGGCUGCCGUGAAAGGGAAGCAAAUUUCUGGUUCUUGUUGCUAUUAUUAUCAUUAUUAUUGCUGCUGCUGCUGCUGCUGCUGCUGCUGCUGUUACUUCUGCUAUCACUAGCAGAAACUUUUUGCCUCAGGUGCUAAACUGGAGUUGAGAGAUAGAAGGGAUUAGUUUGUUCAAGUCACUAGCAAUGUGUAGUUUGAGGGGGUUUCUCCCCCCUCCAACUCACCUUCCUGAAACUCCCACUUUCUCUUCCCCCUGGAACAUGAGCUUUGUAGUCUAAUUCUGGCCUGAUAGAGAAAGCCAUCAUCAGUCCCUGUUAGGGCCUGGAAUACUUGUGCCAGUCCAGGUACUGAUCCCAGGCCUGCUUCCCACUGCCCCAUAAUAUGUCACUCUGUGGUAUUUUUUUCUUGGUGGGUGGGAGGGAGAGAUGCUUCAGGUUUCUGGACUUCAGUGCCAAGGUCCAGCAUUGGCUGCAUACUUUGCUGGAAAAUAUUGUUAUAAGGCAACGAGUCUCUGGGGAGCUCUAGGGCAAUUAAGUUAUUACACUCAGAAAGGUUAGUUUAACAUUAUUUGCAGAGCAAAAUAUUAUGUGCUAGAUCCAGAUUUGCUCUGGAUUUCUACCAAUUCUCCUCCUGUCCACAUCCCCCAGUGCCAACUUAGGGUUGCCAUAUUUCAAACAGUGAAAAUCCCAAAAUUGUUGAGCUUUUCCGCCAAAAACGACACUGCCAACGUGGGUUGUCAUAUGUCUGGAAUGUCCAAGGGAAUUGCAUGCUGAACUGACUAAAAUCACCUCCCCACCAUUCCUCCGGUAGGAAGUGCCCAAUGAAUGGAAUUUUACUCACAGAAACUCUGGAUCCAAUCCUGUAUUUCAAGACAACACAUUUACUUUCUCUCCUGCUUUGUUUAGAGAUCUGAAGAUUGAAAAUUUUCUUCUGGAUGAAAACAACAACAUCAGAAUCGUUGGUAGGUGUACUGUAUGGCAGACAUACAACUCUCUUCUGCAGAGAUUGUUUUUUGUUGCCUUGCACUUAUACAUAAUAACUAGUGGCCAAAUAAACAGCUAUGGUGUCUGUGGGUUGUGAUGGCCAGAGUGGAGAACCUAAAGCUGGGGGCUGGGAGUGGCCCCACAGGCCUCUCUGCUAGGACCUCAGAACUCUUCCCAGCCAUGCCCACUCCCCUGGCCACCCCCUUCUCUCCCCAGACCACAUCUUUCACACCUGCCAUUUGCCUGGCUGGAAUCUGUUUUUGAACUGUGCUUCUUCCUUGCCUGGGUGGAGAGAUAUGGGUGGCUGUCAUAGAAACCUCUGACUUUUGCAUGGCUGGAAUAUAGCUUACUAUGCAAAGAUAUGAGUCACAGGUCUUGUUUCACCCACUCUUUUUGGGGGGCCUCUAAACACAUCCACUUUUGCCUCUGGCCCCACCCAAUGCCACCACUGUUGUGUGGCCCCUGGAAAGCUUCCCACAAGGGUAUGCAGGCUUGUGGAUGAAAAAAAAUCACCACUCCUGCUGCAGAGGAUACUCAACGUGAGAUAAAUGUGUGCCCUGGGGACAGAAGGACCUAGGAGUGGAAGGACAUCUCUCCCACCACCACAACAAUACACUCCAGAAAGAAUCCAUAAUAAACAGAUUAAUUUGCUCAAUAUGCUUCUGAAGAUCUGAAAGUUUUCUGGACUCCAGGCUGGGCUUAGAUCAGGCCCUGGCGCAAGGUAAUGGCCUCAUCACUGCACACCAUGACGAGAAGCCAAAGGCCCUGGUGCGGCCUUCCCUUCCCCACCCCCUGUUUAUACAUUACUCAUUUCCCCUGGUACCCAGGGAGGAUUCUGCCACACUCGCUUUCUGCUUGUUUAAAUUAAUUGAGCAGACUAGGCUCAUACCCAAAAAAACACAUUUUAUAUUAACAAAAGUCUUUAAGCAAAAGUCCACCUCAGUCUAUAGAAAUUCCAGAGGAGUUGGGUUAGACUUCAUGUUUCACAAAAUACACCCUACAAAAAUGAAACUGGUGACCAAGUGUUGUUACUGGGCAGCCCACACUGCUUAGCCCUAUUCUUUCAUGUUUCUAUAAACAAUCAUUCCCCUCUUUUUCUCCUCUCAUGUUUUGAAUGGUAAGAUGCUGCCCACUUUGACUUUUGAAGAGUCAUCACUUGGAAAGGUACACACUUGCCACUGUCCUCAUUACCUGCCACCCUCAUAUAGUGGACAAUGGGCUGCUGCGCCCUGGACUUUGUUCCAAGGUUCAUCUCUAGUGUAUCCAGGAAAAAGUGGGGAGUGAUGUAAUAUGAAAACAAGCUGCACCAAUCUCAUUUAGAUUAGAAUGUUGCUUGCUUUGGUUAACUGGUCAAUCUAAACUCUAAAGAUAUCUCCAAGAUGUAUGUUUGUGUGUGAAAAUGUAUAAUUUUCUAUGUGUUUGUUUCUUCAGAUUUUGGACUGAGCAACAUCAUGAAGUUUGAGGGCCUUUCUCAAGAACUGUUAAACACUCAAUGUGGGAGUCCAGCCUAUGCAGCCCCAGAACUCCUGGCUCAUAAAAAAUAUGGACCCAAAGUCGAUGUCUGGUCCAUGUAAGUAGAUUGUGAAUAUUUUAUUGCUCCUAAAGCACUUUAGUAGAGUUCUAGUCAUGUGGUAUUCCUGCCAGCAAAUGAUGGGCUUGUGAUUUUGAACAAUUCCCCUGGCAGCCCCUUCUUCCCCCACAAAGAAAGUAUUCAAGAAAUUUACAUGCACAUCAUAUACUCGAACAUGUACUUUAUCUGGACCUGUAAGAAAAAGUAUUCUGUACAGUGCCCUGGAAUUUUAUAAUGAAGGGUGGGGUAUAGAUAUCUUAAAUAAAUAAAUAAACAAACCAACUCAGAUAUUUAUAAAUCAAACUAUUUCUUUUUUACUUUCAGGUAGGUAGCUGUGUUGGUCUGACACAGUCAAAAUAAAUUAAAAAAUUAAAAAGUUGUCCAGUAGCACCUUAGAGACCAACUAUGUUUGUUCUGGGUAUAAGCUUUCGUGUGCAUGCACACUUCUUCAGAUAUUUCUUUUUACGUUGCUGAUAAUAUCUAGUCACAUCCAGUCUCCAAGAAUUACAUUUAUCAAUUAUAUCCCAGCAAUGUUCAGGAGAAUGGGGGCCUCGAAGAUGAUAAUUUUAAUUUUAAGUGUGUGAGAGAGAGACAGAAAAACUUAGCUGGAGCUUUAGACAUCAGUAUACCAAAUGAAGUUAAACGCACCUCAAGAAUGGCAAGUGGGUUUCUUGAUUUUUACAAUGAGAGUAAAAACAAGAGUACUUUGAUCUCUAGACUCACAUAGCAUUAGAUUUUUACACUGCAAUCAUUGUAUAUGUUAAAUUACUUGGUGUUGGUGAUAUAUGAAAGUGAGUGCCUUUAGGACUACCAAGGCCUCUUUUCAACACCCUACCAGAAUGUGGAAUUCCUAAAGCAUGGAAAAUUUGAGGGUGAGAGAGGCGUUAGUAUACAAGAUGUUAAUAGGGAGCAACAAUAAGUUGUGAGGUUGACUUGUGACUGGAAACAGACAAGACAUGAAGCAGGGGGAUUUAUUGACUGUCACAUGCUACAGCUCUUCCAUCCCUCUGAAACUGAGGGUAUGAAAACUGGAAUAAAACAGGUGUUCUGUAAAUGCAGCUGAUGGUGGAUGAAAGCUAAUCACAUUACAGUCCUCCAAAGCAUCUUAAAUCUGAUGCUGCAGUUUCUUUUAGGCUUGGAACCUAAGUUAAGUUAAUGUGAGGAAAUUAGGGAAUUAUUUUUUUCCGACUGCACCCCCUUGAGGGGCUCUCUGGAUGGCCAGAGGCUCCUGUACAGCGUGGGAUGAGGUAAGACUGCUGGGGAAGGGGAGGAAACAUAUUCUACAACUGGCAUAUUCCAUUCCAAGAGUCACUAAAUGCACAGCUUGCUUCUAAAUAGUCAUGUAGUAUGUAAUGGGGUGGAGGUGCACUUAUUUUGCAGAAAAAAGAACAAUUGUGUGGAAAGGGCCUAGAGUAGAUUCUUGUAGAUUGCUUGCUUAUUCUAUUAUGUAUGGAUGUGAGCAGAAACCAUCAAGUUUGGUUGAUAGUAGCAACUUGGUUGACAAAGUAUAUAAUGCUAACACACAUCAAUCUAUCACUGUAUUCCCAAGCAUCACACAUGCAUUUUAUAAAGCUCUUCUUGCUCCACUGAUGUGACUGUUACUAUCUUUCUCCCUGGCAGAGGAGUUAGCAUGUUUGCCAUGCUAACCGGCACGUUGCCCUUCACUGUGGAACCAUUUAAUAUCAAGCAGUUGCACCUCAAGAUGGUGAAUGGUGAAAUGAAUCCCAUUCCACCCAACAUUUCCACUGGUAAACCAUACCUGGCUUUGUAUUAUACACAUGGAGUUUGAUCCAGCCAAAGUAAGCACUUUUGAGUUCCUUUGACUUCAGGGUCAGCCCAAGACGUUUUGUUGCCAGAGGCGGAGCUGUGAAUGCCACACCCUCCCAUCCCCUAGCCACAGAUUAAGGGACAUACUACCCAAGGCCCACUAAGUUAUUUUGGCACCUGAGCAGAAAAACUCAUAAGCACAAAUACCUUUCCCUGGUGGUCAAAUUACAAUCAUAGUAUAAUAAAUUGCAGGCAUUUGUUGCCUUUUCAGGACACCCAAAAUAAUCUGCCUGAGCCACCCACUAAACUCUGUCUAAUGGUAGAACCGGCCCCGCUUGUCUUCCUUGGAAAAGAUGUAGGUACAUGCUUUUAACACUCCCGCUGAACUCUCUGAACUUAACUUUGGCUGGAUUGUCCUCAUAAUGCUUAAUGUUCAUAGAAAAUGUGACACAAAUAAGUUGUGAUUUCAUCUGCCAUCAAUCUUGUUAAGGAGUAACAACAUCUAUGAAGCACUUGUUUGUGAUUUAUUUUGAAAUGAGUGGCUUUUUCUUUGCAAGCAUCUUUGGAUCUUCCCACGGCAUUUCCUGCGCACACUGCCCAGACAUUGUUAAUCCUCCCAGGUGACCCUGCCACAGCCAGCAGGCAUUCAUUGUCAUUAAACAGUAUUUGCAAAUGCUCAGUCCACCAGUGACAGCUGUCAAAUGACAGUGAUGUUUGGUCCAGCAAAGAGAACUAUUGUGCGUGUUUCUCUGAGGAUGGAGGCUAUGCUAGCAUCACUAGUGUCACGAGCACCACUUUGGAUGCUACUCAUGGCGCCUUGCAAAAUGAGCCACAGCUAAAACACCACCUUCCUGUACCACAUUUAACGACCUCCCACUGCUUCAUGGCUUUUCCAUAAUUUUAAAUAUAUGAGCAUAUUUAAAUUUUAUGCUAAUAAAGUUUUGUGUGAAAGAAAAUGCUGAUGCAGUUUCUCCUCCUUUUUGGCAAUGUAUUAAUGACAAUAAUUAUGAAAUCAUUGUGACUAGGUGGAUGGGACAACUCAGAAACACCUUCUGCAAUAAGAGACAAGUUGUGCUGGUCACUAUGUAACUUGAUGAGAACAGGAAAGCCAUUUAUGUACAACUUCCAUUCAAAAAAGAUUUGGGUUGGUUUUUGUUACAAAACCAAAGUUUUUUUUAAAAAAAAUGGUUGUUGCUUUAUUAUGUUUCUGUAAAUGCUGGAAGCCGCCCAGCGUGGCUGGCGCAACCUAGUCAGAUGGGUGGGGUACAAAUAAUGACUGGUCCCACAUCUAAUGGGGGUGCCUUUUGCAUGGUCGCACGCAGCCCCCGAUCCCAGUGUGACUCCUGGUAGUUCGGGCUGGCUUCAUCCUCCCCAGGCUGGAUACCUGGAGGUCUCCGCCUACCUCAGCCAAUCACCCAAUCCCGCCUGGGAAGGCAUUGCCAGGGGAUUGGCUAGGUAAGGGGAGGGACCGUCCUGCCCACACAACAGAAGGUGAAUCUUACCUGCGAAGCGGCAGUCGGCUCCUACUACUACUGUGUUCACAACAAUUCUGCACGCAUCUCAAUCUGGCUAACCCAACUUGUAGUGAGGUCACCCAUCAUGACUUGAAAACAGGGCAGCGACCUGCCAAGGCAGCUUUAUGCUUCUGCUCCUCCUAUACCUACUGAAUUACCAAGCAGCCCAGGUCAAAUAGAGUACCACUGUUAUUGGAAGUGUUGUCUGCCACCCUGCAACAUUAUAGUUGUCAGGUCCAGACAAGGCCAAACCUGGACAGCUCUACCCAAAUUUAGGCAGCGAGUGAAAUGUGCUUCCCCACCCCAGGGUAGACUGAAGGUAGACUUACGGAAGAUCUAAAAUCCAGGCCUGAAGACACUGGCAGAAUUCACUGCUCUUCUGACCAGAUGAAGGUCAUGUUCAUAAUGUGUGUGCCAAAUAUAGUCAAUCUAGAGGCUCCAUACUGCCUGUCAACUGUGGAAUUUUAUUGUUCACCCUUCUAUUUCCUUAUGUGCCUGAAAGAAGAUCUGAUAUUUCAACAAAGGUUGUCCUGGGAUUCUCAUUUGGUUAAACAGGCUGCAGAGCUCUUGAUUUAAGCUUUGGAGUCCCUGCAACAGCUUAGGUAAAUUAGGUGGGUUGCAAAAGCACCCGAUGAUUCAUUCUGGUUAUACUGUGGUGUCAGUGUUUAGAACUUCAAAGCUUACUAUUUUAAGCAUUAAAAAUUAGGCCACCCAAAAUGGGUUCUAAAAGGAACUUAAGUACCAGUAUAUAUAAAGUACAAAUGGAAGUAUAAAGCUUCUUGUGUAAUGCAUGAAUUCAUGAGUCUGAAUGAUGCUCAUGGGCCACUGGUGGUCCCAGACCACACUUUGGGAACCCUUGAACCACACCUUUCUAGCAGCAACUCUCCAGGUUUUUAGGUAGGGAGUCUCUUUCCCAGUCGUACAUGGAGAUGCUGGGAAUUGAAUUUGGGACAUUAAACACCUGUUUAUCAAAUAGUUAACAAAAUUAAAUCCUCUGAGGGCAUGUCUUUGCUGAUGUGAACUUAGCAAGUACGAGGUCUAAGGCCAGAGAAAGACAAACUGUAAUGCAGGCUAUUUCUAUAGCUAACAUUGUUUUGUUGGAAUUUCUGCCCAGGAGCUGUUCAUUUCAUGCACUCUUUACUUGAACCUGAUCCAGUCAAGAGACCUGCUAUUAAAGAGGCAAUGAAAGACAAAUGGCUGAAUGACGGUAAUAUCAGGAAACCACUGAAUCCAUGUACAUAUAAAAAUAGGUAAUUCUUUUCGAAUUUUGUCUUCUUUGUUCAUUUUCGCCUUAUGAAUAGCAUUUCCUAGGCAUAAGGCCAAUGCAAUUAUUUCUCGUCCUUCCUUUAAAACAAAACAAAACUAGAACUGGAUCAUUUUAAUGGGGCACAUAUAAAGUCCAAUCCAAGCCUGUUAGAGGCACUUCCUGGUUCCUCUUAAAACUUUUAAAGACUGACAGAAUUUGAAUAAAUUGGUUCCGAAUAGCGUUCUUAGACAACAUUGUCCUAUAGGAGAAAUGCCCCAUCCCUAAGCUUAGGACUGAAACGUGUGAUUUUUAAAUUAAUAUACAGAACUUUCACUGACUGAGGCCAACAGCCAUUGUUUGAGCUGUUCCACUUCAGAUUGCUGGUGGGGACUCUAUACGUGACUGACAGUGGGUUACCUGCGUUUCAGAGAGAGACACUCCCAGCCCUUCCUGGCGAUGCCAGAGAUUGAUCUAAGGGCAUUCUGCAUGCAAAGCAGAUGCUCUGCCACUGAAUUACACAGUUGUUCUCCAAAAAAAUUUGCACUGAUGUAGUGUUACUGGCUGAACAUAUAACUGAGUGGCAGUAAUUAUACAAGUGACAUAAUAUGUAAGUUUACCCAGUGCGGUGUAGUGGUUAAGAGCGGUAGUCUCGUAAUCUGGGGAACCGGGUUCGUGUCUCCGCUCCUCCACAUGCAGCUGCUGGGUGACCUUGGGCCAGUCACACUUCUUUGAAGUCUCUCAGCCCCACUCACCUCACAGAGUGUUUGUUGUGGGGGAGGAAGGGAAAGGAGAAUGUUAGCCGCUUUGAGACUCCUUUGGGUAGUGAUAAAGCGGAUUAUCAAAUCCAAACUCCUCCUCCUCCUCCUCCUCCUCCUCCUCCUCCUCCUCCUCUUCUUACCUCUACUGAGAUCCAACCCAUUACCAUUGUUGCUCUACUGCAGCAAUAAGAUUGGAGAAAUGGUGGGUGAGGCAGGAUUUAGGAGCUUAUAGGCAGGCUGGGGAACUCAAGGGAGAUUUGCAGGAGGUGUUCAGAUAAAUUUUGAAAUUGGGAUCAGGAAGAAAACAAGGGUUCUUUUGUUGUAGAGGGGAAUAACUUUGUUGAGUGAGCAGUUAACCAGAUUGAGCCCAAGAGUUCCCUCCAUCCCUUAGAAAGGACUGACAAAACCCGGGUCCAGGAGGAAGAGACGCUGGAUGAAGAUUGGAUUGUUAUUCUUUCUUUUUUAUUAUGAUUGUUUUAUAAAAUUGAUGAAUGUUAGAAAGAUGUUGAAACGAAAUUAUUUGGCUCUAGGAAAAAUGUUUAAAGAAUUAUGUAAGAAUAUUAUGGUUAUGAAAAAUUGGUAAAAAUAAGAUUUAAGUUUUAAGUUUUAAGGUUUUCAUAGUAAGAUAAGAUUAAAAUAGAUUAAGGUAAAGUAAUGACAGAAUAUCAUGAAAUAUGGAAAGGAUUUGCUGUGACAAUUAACAACUAGGAUACAAAAAAGGGAGGAGGAAGAGGUCAAAGAAAGAAGGUAAUGACAGUUAAAGAGUUGAGAAUAUGGGAUUUGUUUUUAAAUGUUUGUGACAUAUUUUUGUUUUUUAAUUGUGUUGUGUUAUUUUUUGAUCUUGAUUUUUAUUAAUCUGUAUUGUUGGAUUGUGGUUUGUCUUUUCUCUGUUUUUUCUUUCUUUUUUCUUCUUCUUUGUUUUCUUUUGUAAUUCUAAAAUUUUCAAUAAAUAUCAUUAAAAAAAAAAAAAAAGAGUUCCCUCCAUCCCUGUCACCAAAGCAUCUUGUUUUUCAGACUUCGCCCUGAUGAGCUGAAUCCUGUUGUUUUGAGUUACAUGACGGAAACACUGGAACUCAAUCUUUCGGAUGUUGUCAAUGUCUUGAUAAACAACAAGCCAUCCUAUAUAAUGGCAACAUACUACUUGCUGUUGAAGAAAUUAAUUAGAUAUCAGAAAGAACACGGGACAAUGAAGGUGAGGUGUGAAUCAGUGACUGGAUUAGUGAAUGCAUGUUGCCUGUACCUUGCCUGCAGUUCUGAAAACAUGGGGCCUGCAUCAUUUCUUGAACUCCGGGGAAGCCAGUUCUCAGUGGAUUUUUAGUCAAUGUAUUUCUAGCUAGAUGUAAGUCAGGUUAUUAAUUUCUAGAUCUUCCUUCCUUGGGUUUACUAGAUCUUCCAUCCCUGGUUUAGAUUUCUGCAUCCCAAGAAGUGGUGGGCGUGGCAGAACCACUGGGGAGCUAUGCUUGCAAUGCACAUUUGGUGGUCCUCAAUCCCAGAGAGUAGAUAUGGCUGCAUUUUAUCAUUCCUUUUCCUGGUGUUGAAGGGUUGGUGUUUGGGCAAUGGUGAGAGCUAAGGAUGCUGCAUGCCAAACAUCUCUAAUGGAGGGAAAGGAGAUAAUGUGGAUACUGCACCUGCCCAGCGUGAUCCUACAUUGAUGGAGUGGGCAACAUUUGGCAGGAGCAGAGGAUAGAUAUUCUGGCUUGUUAAUAGACAUGGUCUUUCUGACGGCGUUUCCGUGCGCUGCUCUGGUUCGCCAAAAGCGGCUUAGUCAUGCUGGCCACAUGACCUGGAAGCUGUACACCGGCUCCCUCGGCCAAUAAAGCGAGAUGAGCACCGCAACCCCAGAGUCGGCCACGACUGGACCUAAUGGUCAGGGGUCCCUUUACCUUUACCUUUACUCUGCAGUUUCUAAUGGAGUUGUCUGUCAGAUGACAGAGGUGUGUGGGGGGGGGGGGAAUCUGAGUUGUCCUAGGGAGCGAUUAUGGUUCUUAGACUGAAUACUACUUUAACUUAGAGCAGGAGUGGGGAACCUUUUUGGACCAGUGGCCCAGAUCAAUAGAGAUUUUGAAAAUAUUGCAUUGUUUAUAAAUGAUUUUAAGUAAAAAAAUAUCAAUAAAUUCUCCAUCCUCAAGGGCCAACUUUGACAGGUAGGUUGGACCACCCACCAGUUGGUUAUCCAACAUUAUAAUGAUGUCAGGUGAUCGAAAACUUAGUGCACAGCACUUCCCAGUCACCAAGCAUAAGACUUGCAAAUCCUCUUGUGCAGCAUUUUCUGAGGACAUGAAAAACAGCUGUUUGUCAGACACUUGGAAAAUACUGCACAAGGGGCUUUGCAAGCCCUGUCCUUUGGUACUUGGGAAGUGCUGAGCAGCAAGACUGCAUACACGCCACACAUUUAAAGCACAUCAUUUCUGCCAAAGAAUCCUGGGGAUUGUAGCUUACCCCCUCACAGAGUUAAAGUUCCCAGGAUUCUAUGUAGAAAACAAUGUUCUUUAAAUGUAUGGUGUACACACAGCCUAUGCGUGUUCAUUGGUAUCAUUUUUGUUUAAAGCAAGUAGCUUUCCCACUUGGAAAGUAAAGAAUUGCUUAAAAUGACCUGGAGCAGAUUAACUUGUGUUUGCUAGUAGCUAGAAAAGCUUUCUUGCUUGACACAGGAGUUGUUUUUGUGUAUGUUAUGCAAGCUUCUGCCUUGCCUUGGCAAUUUACCUUGCUGUUACGUUAUCAUUUUUGUUGGGUUAUGUUGCUGUUAGUUGUAUGUUUUGGUGCUGGUUUUGGACAUUUUAAACUCUUUUGAGCUCUGCUUGCUGGAGUGAAAUAAUGAAUAAAACAAUAAUAUUUCAGUGUCAGGGAAGGUGUGAAGCAGAUCACACUGGAAACCUCAAACAUUUUAAGGAUUUCUCAUUGUUUUCUUUGAGAGGUUGCAAGGCCAUAUAGUACAUGUUUCAUUUUAGCCCUGAGUUUUUAAUGCAGAGAUUCAGGGCUUAUUAAACAAAUAAACAGGCAGGGGGACAUCUUGGUACUUACUUAGAGCCAAAUUACUUUAGGCAUCUUUAUGUUUUCCCUCACUGGUAACCAUCACUCUUAAGAGGCUAGCAGCUCAGUCAUAAACAUCUUGCUCUGUGUGGACAGGAAGCCAAAAUCUAACUUUAAAAGUGUAAAUGGUUUGGGAAUAUUUGACCAAAACCAACAUUUCUUAGAAUACACAUUAGAAUGUCCAAUCCAGGGCGAAAGCUUGUUUUGAUAAGUUUGACUCAUGAAGUUAUGGCUCUGUGCAAAUUUUCAGUAUAUUGCUUUGGCAUACUUAAUUAUUUUGGAACCUUCCCGGAAAGUUCAGGGGCCUCUAAAGUUGGGGGCGAGGGUGGUUCAAUUUAUCUUGGUCCGAAGCCCUGGAAAGCCACUGCCAAUUGGCAGUGGCGUAGCGUGGGGGGUGCAGGGGGUGCCGGCCGCACCGGGCGCAACAUCUGGGGGGGGCGCGCUCGCACUCGCAGCUCUCUGCCCCUACCUGGCUCACUCACUCUCUCUCACUGCAGUGCUGGCUGUGCGAAUCCGAUCCGAGCCGCUGGGUCGCCGCCCACUGUGGAGGGGGUGGGUGCCAGGCGGGCGGUGCGGAGAGAGAGCGAGGGACUAUCUGGGGGAGGGACAGUGCAGAGGCCGCCCAGCGCAGCGCUGAGCGCGGGAGAGAACCACACCAGACCAGACCAGGCAGCAGCAAGAAGAAGCUGGCAGCGGCGGCAGGUUAGGGGGCGCAAAUUACUUGCCUUGCCCCGGGUUAGGGGGCGCAAAUUACUUGCCUUGCCCUGGGUAAGGGGGCGCAAAUUACUUGCCUUGCACCGGGUGCUGACAACCCACGCUACGCCGCUGCCAAUUGGUAGACAAUACUGAGCUGGAAGGACCAAUGGCCAAAACAUAGUUUCUUGUCUUCAUAAAGUCAGCUCACAAGAGUAGUUCCAGAAACAGCUCUUGUCACAAAAGAAAUAAUGUGAGCAACUUUCCCUAAAGACUUCUGGGAACUGUAAGUUGCUAAGGGUACUCAGAAUUGUAGCUCUGUUAACUCCCAUGAUUCUUUGGGGAAAGUCUUGUGGUUUAAAGGUGCAUGAAAUAUGCUUUAAUUUAUGGUUUGUGUGCAGCCUCUCCAAAGAUUUUAGACACUUUUCUUUAUUUUUACUGCCUAAUGGUUACUACAUAUGCUCAGGUGGAGAGUGGUUCAAAAAUUAGAUGGGCCUUGUUAGGGUUUUAAUUCUUGCUCAUCGGAACUUUCAGGAAUUUUGUAAUGAAGCUGUUUCCAAGACUCGCUUGAUAUUUGCCUGUUCUCCUGUAUUCCAACACAACCAGGGGAUCAUGUAGUGACAUGUGAAAUAUGCCAGGGGAAUUGCAGGGGGCAGAACUAGAUGACCCUCAUGGUCCCUUCCAAUGCUACAAUUCUAUGAUUUCUCUACAUGUGACUUUGCUCAUGGGCACAUUAUAGGGUGGAGGUGGUUGCAGCAAGCACAUGUUUAUUUCACACCAGGGUGUAUGGCAUCAUGGGUUUUGUAGUCUUAAGGCUAGAUUAACAUUUUGCAUGCAAAGUUCAUUCCGCAACUGAUACUGUAGGAUUUCACGAUAUAACAGUGCCAUCACAUUGGUUGAUAUAAACCCUGUUGCAGAGUUUAGCACAAUUGCAGAAGAUGAUUUGGCCAAAAGCGUGAAAUGCUGUGAAAGUGAUCACCAAUAUAAUAAUACCUAAUUUUCAUUCAAGUGACUGUGUAAACAUGACAACCAUGAAAACACCUUGGUGCAAGAUGAAUGCAAGACAGAUUUGUUAGAAACAUGGCAGAUAUCAGUAUGACCACCUUAAUUUUUCCAAGAGAUAUUGCAAAUGCCAGUAUUCUGUUGUCUUUAAAUGUUGACAACAAGCCAGAUAUCACUUUUGCUUCAUCCUCUUGACAUUCUGCCAUGCCUGGAGUGAGGUGCAGACACAAUGAACCCAUUGAUAUUUGAACACUUGAAACAAAUAAUUUACAACAAAGUGCUAUUGAAUAAAUAACUGAAAGCUUCAAAUAAGCUAAAUAACUUUCCAGUAAAUUCCUAUGCUGAAGUCAUAUUUUCCCUCUAGAUUGGAUUUCAUAAAUGCUUUGCAAGCAGCUAUGCAUCCUAUAUAAAAAGGAGAACAUUAAAAAAAAAAUCAUUGGGAUUUAUUUUCUGACAUGGAUAACGGAGAAAGCCAGAUACUUUCACUAGCCUCCUGUUUGGGUUGUAAAAUAAAAUGCAAUAUGAAUUUAAACAAGGCGCAUCUUAAUGCUCCGAUGGGGACAAUAUGGAGCAACUUAAGAAUCCCUUGACCUGCAUUUGAAUCAGAUAGAAAAAAACAGAACCUUGGAAGUUCAAGGCUGAAAUCUUCUACUAUCCUCAUUUUCUCUGUAUCGCUACCCCAGCAGAUCUGUUCCCUGUGGUCCUUUAACUAGUGCUUAGUGAGGACUUCAUGAGUGCUUUCAACUCCAUUUGUGCACUAACCAAAAAGUCAAAAGGUCUUCUCUUCAUAAAUUCUUCUGAUAUUAACUCUAAACAGUUCCCUUGUGAAUUUCAUCUGUCAUUCCAAGUUGUACUUCUUUUACAUUGCCAUAAAUACUUUCUCUCUCACGUUGGCUUUUAGGCUCAUCAAGAAAGCCAUCCAGCUAACUUUAUUUUCCCCUUGACUUUUGUUUAUCCAAGAUAUAUGGACAACUCUUACAAUAAAUUCUCAGGAUAGCAGCAAGUUCGCACAUCUAUUGUUCCUCACUCAGCGAAUGCAAAAUCUGAUGGCUAAGACUGAAUGUAUGAAAUGGCCAUCAGUGAUAAAAACCACAGGCAGAACUUUUGUACAACUUCACAUCGCUUUAGGCAUAAUACAGUUCAGCAGAGGGCAGCAGCAUUCACUGAUCUUCAGCAUUAGAGCUGGCUCUGCCAUUAGGUAGAAUGGGGCAACCAUCUCAGACAGCAAAUGCUGAGGGGCAGGAAGCAGUGGUGAGGUGCUGAAGGACAGAGAUUUAUGUUCCAUGCAGCCUACUGCCCACAAUUAUUAAGGACCAUGGUGUCCUACUGCCUGUGUCAAAGUAAGAGUCAACUGUCAGUCCAGUGGACUUAUAUAAGCUGAAUCGGGUCUUCCCAUCGUCUUCUUUGACUCAGACAGCAACAUGUCUUGGAGUGGCUGUUCUCAACAUUAUUGAACUGUUUAGGGCAGUGCAGGGGGAGAAUGGAAAAGUUUCUUUCGCUGCAUUUUAUGUACUAUUGCAUCAAGCCAUUAACUAUUUGCACAUUAAAAAAACCCCAAAACCGACAGUAUCCAUUCCUUCCUGAUUGCUUCUCCAUAAGGCUGUAUGUACAAGCUGCUGAGUUGAGACCCUGGGGAAUGGUGGGUUCAUGGGAAAGAGAGGGGCCAUUUGGUCUACGGUUUGAGCAUAUCAUACCAAUCCUGGCACAACUGCAAUGGCUGCCGAUUACUUUUCAGGCCCAAUUCAAAGUGCUAGUGUUGACCUAUAAAGCCUUACAUGGCUCAGGACCUCAAUACCUUAAGGACCACCUCUCCCCAUACGAACAGACCCAGACCUUGUGCUUGUUAUCUGAGGCCCUUCUCUAUGUCCUCUCUCCCAGAGAGGUUCAAAGGGUGGCAACAAGAGAAUGGGUUGUUUUCUGCUGCUCCAGAGAAGCGGACACGGAGCAAUGGAUCCAAACUACAAGAAAGAAGAUUCCACCUAAACAUUAGGAAGAACUUCCUGACAGUAAGAGCUGUUCAACAGUGGAAUUUGCUGCCAAGGAGUGUGGUGGAGUCUCCUUCUUUGGAGGUCUUUAAGCAGAGGCUUGACAACCAUAUGUCAGGAGUGCUCUGAUGGUGUUUCCUGCUUGGCAGGGGGUUGGACUCGAUGGCCCUUGUGGUCUCUUCCAACUCUAUGAUUCUAUGAUUCUGUGGUGGCUCCCCAAUUGUGGAAUGCACUCCUUAGAGAGGCUUGCCUGGUGCCACCAUUACAUGUCUUUGGAUGCCAUUUUACUAUUAGGCUGUCUCUCAGUAUGCUUUUUACUAUGCCUUUAUUAUGUUUUAUCAUUGAUGUUUUGCAAUGUGUUUCUAAUGUUGUACAGCUCCCUGAGAUCUUUUGGUGAAGGAUGGUAUAUAAAUUGAAAUAAAUAAUAAUAAUAAUAAUAAUAAUAAUAAUAAUAAUGCAUAUGGGCAUUGCUGAGGAACAGUACUGUACUGACAUAAUAUAGCAGUCAGCUUCUGCAUAAGUUUUUAAAAACUAGUAAAAUAACUGUCCUAAAAACAAUUUAAAAAACACCACACACACUAUAAAUGCCUGUGCAGACAUGUUGGGAGUUAGGUGUUGCUCAACACCAGUGAUGUCACAAGAACUAGCUAGUAGGUGCCUAUGAAAGUGGUGUAAAUACACUACACAGAACACUACAGGUUCUAAUAGAUAGGCUAACUGAGUGGUGUGUGUGACAUUUUCUCAUUGCCAAAAAAAAAAGAUCUUUGAGUAUUGAGAGAAUGUGAUUUCCCACAGUAGACACAAGGAAAGAGAUUUGAUUCCCCACCCCCUCAUCAACUAAGUCAUAACUGUGCUUUGGUUGUCCAAUAAAACUCUUUUCUGGAAAGACCCUAAAGGUUCGAUUUAUUAAAGUUUAACUUCUCACUUUCUAAAAUCCUGACUGCAAACAGCUGGUCACAAAAGAUUUAGUUUUAGGCAUGAUAGUAAUUUUGUUUGGUGGGAAAACCUACUGGAAAUUUGGCUUUUAAAUGACUACAGGCAACCGAAACCCUUUUUCCACGAUCAGGCUUGAGCCAUAAAUUAUUGGAUAAGCAUAAAACAUGGCCUGUCCUUUUACACACUGUGAUUUCUCCAAGCAACCUGUUUGCAUUUUAUGUGUUUUGUUGUAGAAAAGAGAGCCUAAUGAUUACAAUUUGCCAUCCAAAACUUUAUAGUUAAGCCUUCCAGAAAUAGUGUUCCUGCCAAAAAGCUUCCUGCCCAGGUGCUUAACCAAUUAGCUCUUAAGAGGCCUGGCUAUAAAAACGAGCCAUGGCAAGUUUUCUGAUGUACUGUAUAUAACGUGACAGUUUGCAAAAUCUAAGAUGAAAAUUUGUUUUCUUAACCAGGAGUGUGCAAAAUCCUGAGAGACGCUUUGAUUGCUUUGGCUAAAAUACUUAUGUCAUCUCUUAUUCCCCACUGAUGCAGUGUGGUUUGAGCAGUACAGUUGUUGUUGGUUUUUUAAAAAAAACUUACCCAAGUUGCUCAAGGACAGAAAGUCCUUGAAGAUAACGGAUAUAACCGCAUUUCUGCAAGUUUUGAAAAUAUUUGAUAGGGACAGAUGAACCCACAGGAGUUUCAGAUUCCCAAAGUGUUUCAGAUUCCAAGAGACUCAGUCUUUUAAUGUACUCUACUAAGGCUCAAAAUUCAUUCAAGCAUUGGGAGAGCCAGUCAGCCUAUAAAUUUUACUUGCUUCGAAUAAAGAUUUCUAUAGGAUAGAUUAACAAGGAAAACCUUUCCUGUAAAAACAGUGGCUGUCAAGGUUUAAUAUUGUACUAUAUUGGAUUCAGUGUCCAACUAUCUAUUAAGACAUGUCAGCAUUAUACAUCAACGGUGCUAUCUUUGGCUCUUUUACUCAGAAGAUUUGUUUAUGUAUUUAGUUAUAGGCUGUUUUUCUACACUGCCCUUCAUCCACAAGGAUCUGGCAGGUAGUGCACAAAAGUACAUAAAAUAGCAAAUAAAAUCAAAAUAUCAGUUUAAAAAAACCAUUCAACCAAUUGCAAAAGUUCAGCCCUUGGGGCCAAAUCCAACCGUCAGUCCUCACCCGAAUGCCUACAUGAAAAGGUGUGUCCAACAAGGUGUCAUGGACUGGCUGGAUGCAGAAGAGUGGCGGGAGGCCCCAGCUGGGGAACCCUCGAGGGAAGAAGGCUCAGAGCCAGGGGCAUGGUGGUGGGACGAUGAUGAAUGAUCAGAGGGAGAAGAGGGGAAAGAGUGGGAGGAGGAGGUGUCGGAAGCUGAAGAGGUAGCAGGAUUUCGUGAGCAGGAGGAAACUGUGGCAGAGAGUUGGACAGACUCAGAGGCAGGAGAGGAGGGGGCCCAGGAGACAGGCUACUGAAGAAUCCAGGGAGUCUCCUACCCUUGCUGUGAUCAGUUCCCCUCCCACCCGGUCUCCCAGAACACAGAGAGGAAUGAAUACGGUGGAGCAAAGAGAGACAAGAUGAAGUUGCCUUAGAUUGCUAAGGUAGGACCUGAGCGGGGAGGAGCCUCACUGGGGCUAGACCUACUGGGAAGUGUUGCUGCGAUCACUAGGCCCACACUGCUUUGGUUUCUUUGAAUAAUGAGUUAACUUCACUGACACUGGGUGUUUUGUUACUGACCUGCCCUUGACUCCGGCUCCUGACACAAGGCAUGUAGUUAAGUGGUAGAGGAUGUUUUGCACGUAGAAGAUCCCAGCUUCAUUCCAUGGUACCUGCAGCUGUAAGUGGUGUGAAAAACGUGUGCCAAAGAGCAUGGAGCGCUGCUGGCAGUCACAGUAGACAAUAUUCUGCUCAGUGGACUAAUGGUCUGGCUUAGUAUAAUACUGUUUCCUGUAUUUGGGUUAUGGCUCUACCAACAGAUACCAAGUGCAGCUGGAGAAAAGGAAUUUCUCAUAACAGCCCUUGUUUUUAUACUGUUGGUUUUAUUGUACAUAGAUUAUUUAUUGCAAAAAAUGUAAACAUCCUAUUCCAUAGUCUUUGCAGUCACAAUACCAGUUUUCACAGAUUUAGAGUUAGCCAGUUUAGCUGCAGACUAAGUUUGUUGAACCUAGUUCCCUCUGAAACCAAAGGGACUUAACUUGAUCACGACUAGCUUUUCACAUUGGACCCCUCUUCUUAACCUACCCUAGUCUAGUAACAAAGUCUACAUCCCACCUAGAUACCUGAACUUACCACGUUGCAGUUUCUUAUCACUUCAGCUUUUCCAUGUAUGGUAGUAUUACCAGUGUCUGAUAUGUCUACAGAAGGAAAGUACCUCAGAAAAGUUUGAUGUUAAACUUCCUGGGACCCUAAGCCAAGAUGCAGAUGAUAUGCCAGCUUCUCAAAAGACAGAACAGGUUACAACAGAAAACUUGAAAAGCUGUGAGAAUAAAGUGUUUCCUUCUGUCCUGAACUCAGAAAUGCCAUAUGCUAUCCAGGAAGAUGAAAUUGCCAUCACUCUGGAAAACCAAGGAAUUUUACCAGAAGGUAAUAUGUGCUGCUUAUCUUCAUAAUCUGGAAUGCGGUUAACUGUACAAAGGCUGGGGUGAGUGGGACUUUAAUUGAAAUUAAGGUAACCAAGGGAGAUAAGUUACAUCAGGAGUAGGGAAUUUCAGGUCCAGGGGCUGCCAGGCUUCUAUGUGGCUCUCCCUUCAAUGACCCUGCUGCACACCCUGAAUGUUUUUGCCUGACUAGAAUGUUUCCUUGAACUCUGGUAAUGUCUUGCUUGUUUGAAUGGAAGAUAGAGAGGGGAUUGUGUGUUUAGAAACUAGCCUCCAGUAACAAGGUAAAGUUUGAAUUUGGUGCUCUACACACCUUCCCCUCUGGCCCCACACUGUACUGGCAUGUGGCCCUCAGAAAAGAAUGAGGCCCUCAAACUAAAAAAAAGGUUUCUUACCCCAAAGUUACAUGGUAGGCAGCACUGUUACCACUGCUGUUGUAGGGGCACUCCAUGCAAAAAACCUGGGAAUUGCAGGUAAUGCCCUCCAUGAGCAAGUGGCUAUCUAAAGCAUAUCAGUGUGCAUUAAUAGCAAAACUAAUUCAUUGAGUCGGAAUGAAAGAAGGAAAACAAAGAUGAAACAAUUCCCCUCCCUUUUUCCAGCACUUUAUUUAGAGGCACAAGAGAACCAAUAUAGGUACUUGCAAGAGCAUAGUGGUUUCUUUUGUCCAAAAAGCAAACAAAAUACAGUAUGGGUUUCUAUCAAUUUAUAGAUAUUAUAUUUGAAAAGCAGAUAUGUAAAGCAUAUAUGUUUUAUCUAUGUCAUUCUAAGUUUUUUUCUUUCUUUCUUUUUUUGGAAAAUUAAUUGUUUUUAACCUUAACUUACAUCAGAGCACCUUAGCUUAUUGUUUUAAAGGGAAAGGAUAGGCCAGUAUGAGCAAGAGGAAGGAGAAUUUUUUUUAAUAGUUCCUCUUUUAGCCUUUUGGCCCCUUGCCCACCUUUCACACUGUUCCAGAGUGUCCCCUAACUUUCCAGAACACCUUUGGAAUACUAAGAGAAGGAGAAAUCAGCAAACAUUAGCUUCCUUCUUCCUGCAGGAGAAGUGUCCCGUGAGUGGAGAUACUCUCACAGGAACCCUCGAUCCAACUUGUCGUCAUUUCUCAUCUACAAUUAACCCAGAUGUGUUGUGACUCAUGGCCAGUCAUGACAUAAAAUUUAUAUCUGGACAUGAUGAGCAGAUGAUAUAACUGGGCCUCUCAUGAAGUCUGGAAGGUGCAUAUGUAUACAAUUCAGCACGUGUCUUUUUAAAUAUUGGAAGUGGCAACUAUGAAAGGUUUUAGCUCCCACUUUUAAAUAUCUUAAAGGGACAUGCAUUGCACCCUUAAUGCUUGUAAGAGGGAGUAUUUCAUUGCAAAACAAGUCAGAGUGUAAUAUUCUCUGCAAAAUAUAAAGUGCAAGUUUGUAUUUACUAGCAUUACUCAAUGGUUUCAUGUAGAUGUUGAAUGACAUGGGGGGCAAGAUAGAGCUAAACAGUAUUCCCCCAACACUUAGUGUACCCCUUCUUAUUUUUACCAAAUUUUUUACCUUUUAUUAUCAUUUUGAAAGAGCAACGUCCAAAAAUCUUAUCAUCAUACCAAAUGUCAAUCACAAAUUUGAAGUAUAACACAUAGUGAUAUCUCUACUCUUUACUGCAACUAUAAUUUCUACAUAAACUGAUUUCAUAUACUCUAUAUUCCAUUUAGUUUCCAAGUUUGCAGACAGAGAAUUGGUUCAUUUUGAACCUCCUAAAUCUCCAAAUAAAUAUUUUUCAUGUGAGCCAUUAAAUCAGACACAACUGGACCAGCAGGAAAAUAUAGAAGAUAUUAAAGGUUUUUCAGAAGAGAGAAAAUCAUAUUUAUCUGAGAAGCCACCUUCUGCUUUAAGAAAUAACCCAGCAUAUUCUAUGAACCACCAGGCUCAGAGGUCCUUAAUGUCAUGUGCAAGUAGACUAACACCAAGGUCAGCAAUUGAAAACAGACUGGUAGACCAAAGUCCUAUGGUUUGUCCAGACACAAGAGUCAAAGAUCUUCUGAAAGCAAUGGAUGAGAAUCUUCCAUCUCUACCAUGGCAAUACCAGGAAAAAGAAAGCUCAGCUCUCUUGAUUAUGGAAUCACCACACCUAUCACCUUUACCAAGGCUGAGACAAGUUGCCCUGAGGGACCCCAUCACUAAAAAGAUUUCAUUGAUGGGACUAUCACAGCAACAACCCAAUGGCUCAUCUCCAUUUUUUGUCAACGGGUCAAGACCGCCAAUUUUCCCCAUGACCCCACAACAAACACUUAUGGUAAGAAGCUUGAGGCAAUCCAAAGAAAAGUCAAAAGACUUCUUCAACAGUGGCAAGGUUAAGAGGAACUUUGUACAACUCAAACACACACCUAAGGAUGUGGACUUGAAUCUUCCAGUAUUAUCUCCACCAUAUCAAACAAGGUCAGGGAAAAAACCUGAGAUUUUAAGACUAGAUUUUGCAUAA